UAUGUAUAUAUUUGCAGUAACCGUGUGGAAGCGUGGACUAGGGAUGUGGACUUCCUGCUCCGUCAAGAAGGGAGACCCAUGGUAAAUCUUACUGGUGACAGGAAGCAUGUGAGAGUGAUGGAAUCAGAUUGGCAGAAUACUGAUAAAGCAGUAAAUUGGAUAAAGAAAGAAGCCAUUAGCCUUACUCAACCGUUUGUUCUUUACUUGGGACUAAAUUUACCACACCCAUAUCCAUCACCUUAUGCAGGAGAAAAUUUUGGAUCCUCUACCUUUUUAACGUCUCCCUAUUGGCUUGAAAAGGUAACUUAUGAAGCUAUUAAAAUUCCCAAGUGGUCUUCUCUUUCAGAGAUGCAUCCAGUAGACUAUUACUCAUCUUACACUAAGAAUUGCACCGGAGACUUUACAAAGCAAGAAGUGAGAAAUAUUAGAGCAUUUUAUUAUGCUAUGUGUGCUGAGACAGAUGCCAUGCUGGGUGAGAUUAUUUCAGUUCUGAGAGAUACUGGGCUUCUUAAAAGAACAAUCGUUAUAUUCACUGCAGAUCAUGGAGAACUUGCUAUGGAACACCGGCAGUUCUAUAAAAUGAGCAUGUAUGAAGGAAGUUCCCAUGUUCCUCUUUUGGUUAUGGGGCCAGGCAUAAAAGAACAGCAGCAAGUACCAACUGUGGUAUCUCUCGUGGAUAUAUAUCCUACUAUGCUUGAUAUAGCAAGAAUUCCUGUCCCGCAGAACCUCAGUGGAUAUUCUCUUAUACCGCUGCUACGUGGAAAGGCUGAAACCGGUGUGUCACCCAGAGGGCCUCGGCCCUCAUGGGUGUUGAGUGAAUUCCAUGGCUGCAAUGUGAAUUCUUCCACGUACAUGCUUCGAACUGGCAAAUGGAAAUAUAUUGCGUACUCUGACGGCAGUUCAGUACUUCCCCAACUGUUUGACCUUUCUGAAGAUCCAGAUGAGCUAACAAACGUUGCCAUAAAAUUCCCAGUAAUUGUACGUUCCUUGGACAAAAUACUCCGCUCUAUAGUAAAUUACCCAAAGGUUUCUUCUUCCGUUCAGAAAUAUAACAAAAGACAGUUUAUAAGUUGGAAACAAAGUUUAGGUCAAAAUUACUCAAAUGUUAUUGCCAACCUUAGGUGGCAUCAAGACUGGUUAAAGGAACCAAAAAAAUAUGAGAGUGCAAUUGACAAGUGGCUUGGUCAAA